CGGGGCAGCCAGGCGCGCGCCGCAGGGGAAGAAGGCCCCCGGCGCAGGCCCCGGAUAUUUGUGUCAGCUCUGCCGCCACCGUCUCAGCUGAUGGGUCGGGACACACGCUCGCGCUCGCGGUCGGCUGGUCGCAGGGGCCGCAGGCAACGGAGCGGGAGUCGGAGCCGAAGUCGGAGCGGGAGCCAUGAGCGGCGAGACCGCCGGCGCCGGGACGACGAAGUACGGCGCAGGCGGAGGCGGCAGAGCCGGGAGCGCAGGUCGGGUUCGGACGAACACCGGUGGCGGCGGCGAAGGCGGCAGAGCCAGAGUCCGCCGCCCCCACGCUGGCGCUCGCGGGGCCGGUCCUCCCAGUCUGACUCCGAUGACGAGCGCCAGGAGCAGCAGCGGGGCCGGUGGGCCCGCCGGCGGCGGACGCGCUCUUGGUCCCCGGGCUCCUCGGCGUCCGGCUCGGCCUCCCCGGACCGCUCCCAGAGCCCUCGGGAGGCGGCGGCGGCCCUGAGCCACCAGCACAGCCUGCAGGAGCGGCUGCGGCUGCGGGAGGAGCGGAAGCAGCAGGAGGAGUUGAUGAAGGCCUUCGAGACCCCCGAGGAGAAGCGGGCCCGGCGGCUGGCCAAGAAGGAGGCCAAGGAGAGGAAGAAGCGGGAGAAGAUGGGCUGGGGGGAGGAGUACAUGGGCUACACCAACACCGACAACCCUUUCGGCGACAACAACCUCCUGGGCACCUUCAUCUGGAACAAGGCCCUGGAGAAAAAGGGGAUCGGCCACCUGGAGGAGAAGGAGCUGAAGGAGCGGAACAAGAGGAUCCAGGAGGACAAUCGCCUGGAGCUGCAGAAGGUAAAGCAGCUGCGGCUGGAGCGCGAGCGGGAGAAGGCCAUGCGGGAGCAGGAGCUGGAGAUGCUGCAGCGGGAGAAGGAGGCCGAGCACUUCAAGACGUGGGAGGAGCAGGAGGACCACUUCCACCUGCAGCAGGCCAAGCUGCGCUCCAAGAUCCGCAUCCGGGACGGGAGGGCCAAGCCCAUCGACCUGCUGGCCAAGUACAUCAGCGCCGAGGACGACGACCUGGCCGUGGAGAUGCACGAGCCCUACACCUUCCUCAACGGCCUCACCGUGGCCGACAUGGAGGACCUGCUGGAGGACAUCCAGGUGUACAUGGAGCUGGAGCAGGGCAAGAACGCGGACUUCUGGCGGGACAUGACCACCAUCACGGAGGACGAGAUCGCCAAGCUCCGCAAGCUGGAGGCCUCGGGCAAGGGCCCAGGUGAGCGGCGAGAAGGGGUCAACGCCUCGGUCAGCUCUGACGUGCAGUCGGUCUUCAAGGGGAAGACGUACGGCCAGCUGCACGUCAUCUUCCAGGGCAUCGAGGGCAAGAUCCGGGCCGGGGGCCCCAACCUGGACAUGGGCUACUGGGAGAGCCUGCUGCAGCAGCUUCGAGCCCACAUGGCGCGCGCCAGGCUCCGCGAGCGGCACCAGGACGUGCUGCGGCAGAAGCUGUACAAGCUGAAGCAGGAGCAGGGUGUGGAGAGCGAGCCUCUGUUCCCCAUCCUCAAGCAGGAGCCCCCGUCGCCCGGCCACAGCCUGGAGCCUGAGGACCCUGCCCCGACCCCACCCGGGCCCUCCUCCUCCGAGGGGGGCUCGGGGGAGCCGGAGGCGGAAGGGGCGGCCCCCGCGGAGGGCGAGGCGGACGGGGAGGCCGUGCUCAUGGAGGAGGACCUGAUCCAGCAGAGCCUGGACGACUACGACGCGGGCAAGUACAGCCCCCGGCUGCUCACGGCCCACGAGCUGCCGCUGGACGCGCACGUGCUGGAGCCCGACGAGGACCAGCAGCGCCUGCAGCUGUCCCGGCAGCAGCUGCAGGUCACAGGGGACGCGAGCGAGAGCGCGGAGGACAUCUUCUUCCGGCGGGCCAAGGAGGGCAUGGGCCAGGACGAGGCGCAGUUCAGCGUGGAGAUGCCGCUGACCGGCAAGGCCUACCUGUGGGCCGACAAGUACCGGCCGCGCAAGCCCCGCUUCUUCAACCGCGUGCACACGGGCUUCGAGUGGAACAAGUACAACCAGACGCACUACGACUUCGACAACCCGCCGCCCAAGAUCGUGCAGGGCUACAAGUUCAACAUCUUCUACCCCGACCUCAUCGACAAGCGCUCCACGCCCGAGUACUUCCUGGAGGCCUGCGCCGACAACAAGGACUUCGCCACCCUGCGCUUCCACGCGGGGCCGCCCUACGAGGACAUCGCCUUCAAGAUCGUCAACCGCGAGUGGGAGUACUCCCACCGCCACGGCUUCCGCUGCCAGUUCGCCAACGGCAUCUUCCAGCUCUGGUUCCACUUCAAGCGCUACCGCUACCGGCGGUGACGGCCGGGGCCCCUCCCGCCCGGACUGGCCCACCUCUCCCCGGGCCCUCCCCGCGCGCACGCUCGCCUUCCCCGGGGGAGCCCCUCGCCUGGGAGAGCGGAAGGCAGGCCGGCCUGGCCGGCCCGGGGUCCUCACACGCAGGACGGGGCGGGGGAACUGCGGCCCGAGCCCUGCCCCACGGCACCCGCCCUGAGCUGGGGGUGCCAGGCCUUGGGGGGGGGGGGGGCGGGGGCGAGUCCAGGGCGGCUGCGGGACCCCGCCCCCUCCACCCCCGCACUCUGGUCCCCCAUCCGGCCCCGCCCCGGUGCUGGUGCGGGUCAGGCCUCCCCGGCCUCUGGGCGUGCAGCCGCGGUGCCCCCCAUCGGGCCCGGGUGCCCCCCCACCCCAUCCCCCGCCCACGCUGGGACAGCCGUGCUCCUGGAGAUCCUCUCUUGGCCACCACGGAGCUGCCUCCGCGUUUCUGCGGGCCUGACAGGUGCGGCCGCCGCCGGGUCACACGCUGCCAGCGGUGGGGGAAGGGGCGCCCCAGGAACGUUUCUUUCAACGUUUUGUUACAGAGACGUCUCCGUGGGAAGGGGGGCCAGCCCCACCUGGGCUCCUCGGCCGGCCCACCCGGACGCCCCGGAAAGAUUUUAGGUUGUUUCUCUAAAAUGACUUUUUUUAAGGUGUGGGGAAAUACCUUAUUUUCACUUAAUUGGCCUAUUCACAGAGUUGCAUGUUUUUUUAAUAAACACUUUAUUUUAGAGUA